AUGAACGAAUCGCUCAUCCUAUCCGAGUUCGACAAGCUCCAACAGUCAGGUCUCGCUCUAUAUGACCAAAACCAAAAGAUAAUCAAGCACGUCGAGGGAGGGCUCAAAUUCCAAUUUUGUGUAACUUCCGCUCUGGCAAAGAAACCGACCUUCCAAACGCCACAGUCAAGCGCAGAUGAACCUCGAGAUGGAAGCGAUAUCAGUACCGCAGGAUUUGAAAUUGGUGAAAUCGGCAACGCCCACCUCCUAAUAGCCAACAAAUUCUGCUGGGCUAACCCUCAUUUUUUGCUUUUAACCUCUGACGGAUACCGAAGACAAUACGAAUCACUGGACAAGAGUGAUCUCCAAUCACUCUGGUCUCUUCUAUGUACAAUGAGCACAGACUAUAUUGCCUUUUAUAAUUGCGGCCAAGAUGGAGGUUGCAGUCGGUUGCACAAACACUUGCAAUUAAUCCCGACACCUGAAGGCACAUUUGCAUCCUUCCUUGAUUCCGCCGGACUGGAACCCGAGCCUCAAGUCCCGUUUCAAUGGUUCCAUCAUCGAUUUGACUCUCAAGAUAUGACGGCGCAGUACCUGGCGGAGAUUUAUGAUAAGCUUCUCGGUCAAGCUACAGAGAUAGGGGGAGGUUUGUCUGAACACGCGCAUACUGCCUUGCCUGGGGCCGCGUGUCCGCAUAACAUGAUUAUGACCAAGCGGUGGAUGGCUGUCGUGCCGAGACGGCGGGCUGCCGUUACUAAGGCAGUAGCUGCCAAUGCAAUGGGGAUGCUGGGAUAUAUCGCAGUUGCUACGGAAGCUGAGGUUGAUGAAUGGAUACGCGCGGGACUAACCGAAUCACUCAAAGAGCUUGGUGUAUCUAAAUGA